GCCAUAUAAGUAUGCGCUCGCUCCGGUGGUCAAUAGACUGACCACUGGUCACUCUUGCAUCAUCUUCAGAGGCAAGCUCGCAAAACAUCAUGUCGUGCCCUCAGUGCUUUGCUGGACAUAUCAAUCCGGGCACUCCCACUGGUCGCUGGGAUACCGUUCAUGGCCUACGAACCUACAUUGCAGAACCCCCCGCCGGCAAGAGUCCGACGGCUAUCAUUGUCAUAAUCCCCGACGCGUUCGGGGUUGACUUCGUUAACAACCAGAUUCUAGCCGAUCAUUAUGCUUCCGCUGCAGACUAUCUGGUCUACUUGCCCGAUUUCAUGGAUGGCAAUGCUGCUCCAGUCAGGACAAUGAUCAACAUGGCACAUCUUUGGGAUGAGAGUGAGUCUUGGUUGUCCAAACCCUACUAUCUCGUUGCUACCAUGUGGGACUUUGUGCCACAUCUGUAUCGAAAUCGCUUCAGUGUUUGUUGGCCAAGGAUGACUGGCUUCUUGAAAGAAGUCCAGCAUCACAAGGAUGUAGCCCUUCCUGUCGGAAUUGCAGGUUUCUGCUGGGGUGGACUACACACCAUCAGACUCACCCACGACACGGCGGAAACAAAGACUGUCGGUGGUCACGCACUGGCAGAUGCUUUUUUUACUGCCCAUCCAAGCAAGGUGGAUGUCAUCCAGGAUAUAGGCAAGGUCAGACGUAACCUCUCUAUUGCCAUUGGCGACGAUGAUGCCGUCAUGGGAAUCAACCAAGUACGGCAAGCUGAAUCAAUCUUGGCAAGCAAUGACGUUGAUACGAGUGUCGUCAUCUACCCUGGAGCAAAGCACGGGUUCUCAAUUCGUGCAAGCAGGGCAAAGCCAGACUCAAAGGAGACGCGACAAGCAGAGGAAGCUGAACAACAGGCCAUUGCCUGGUUCAAGCGGCAAUUUGACAUUGCGAAACAGAAAGCAGCCAGUCCCCCGGUGUUAGUUUAG